AUGGAAUCCGCUGAGUUUUCUGUGGAUCGUCAAGCGAUUCUGAUCACCGCUCUAGAUUAUUCGAAUUUCUCCAACCAACUGCCCUUCUUUAUCACUACAGACGUCGAAAAUCAGAUCGUUACAACAGAAAUCCAAGUCUCAUUGAAUCCUCUCACAACUGAUGAAGCGAAGAGAUUGAUCAAUGUCCUCUACUCGAAGAUCAGCUCUUUUCCAUCGGUCUCUCCAUGCAUUCAACAGUCCUUCGAAGCUGCCCACCUUCGGAAAUUCCGAGAUUUCGUCCUUCACCACAGCAGCCAUUACAAUGUUCCGACGACAAAAUCCGAAUAUCAGGCUUAUUUUCUGAAAAAUGGGUCGGGGAAUCGUUGCUCCUUGUACAUGCUCAGUGUUAGCGUCAAUGAGGAAAGAGGGGCCAUCGAGGCAAGUUCUUCCCCG